ACGCCCCAUGAUAGUCUGGAGAGGUUAAUGUAAAAUGCAUUUAUCGCAAUAUAUUUGCGGUAAAAGCAGUUGCCAAUAUAAAGUAUAUUGUGAUGGUUUUUACUUGUGUGGCGUUGUUGUAAUGAAGUGACGUGUUUAUUCCCUGCCCUGGGGGACAGUACCGCCAGCGCUGGGCGCGCGGGGUUGCGAUCAUGAACGAGGAGGAGCAGCGACUGCGCACGUUCGCGUCGUGGCCGGCAAACGCGGCGGUGGAGGCGCCCCGCAUCGCCAAGGCGGGCUUCUUCUACACGGGCCGCGAGCUGGAGGUGGAGUGCUUCUCGUGCCGUGGGCGGCUCGCGGACUGGAACUACGGGGACCAGGUGAUGGCGAAGCACCGCACCAUCUACCCCGACUGUGCCUUCGUGAAGAACCCCACCGGCUCGGGGAACGUGCCCCUCCUGGGCGGCGGCGGCGGGGGCGUGUCGCUGAGCGCGCCCGCGACGCCCCAGCCGCAGCCGGCCGCGUGGCAGGACUCCGUGGCCGCCAGCACCGCUGGGUCCACCUCGCUGUACGUCUCCGAGUCGUCGCGUCUCGACUCGUUCCGCUCCUGGCCCGUGCCCCACAUCGUGGCCCCAGAGGAGCUGGUGCGAGCAGGCUUCUACUACCUGCAGGAGGAUGACAAGGUGCAGUGCGUUUUCUGCUCGGGCGUGAUCCACAACUGGGAGGCGGGCGACAGCCCAGUGGAGGAGCACCGCCGCCACUUCCCCACCUGCCCCUCCCUCUUCAAGCCGGCCGCCAGCGACGCGGCUCCCGCUCCCGGGGGCGACGCCCGUGACGCGGACCCCAGCCCCGGAGAUGACGAGGAGGUGGUGUUGGGGGUGAAGGCCCUUGGCAUCCAGCCGCACCGCGGGCCGCGCCAGCCGCGCUACGCCACCUACGAGUCCCGCCUGCAGUCCUUCCGCGACUGGCCGAGCGACGUGACACAGCGCCCCGAGCAGCUGGCCCAGGCCGGGUUCUACCACACCGGGGAGAGCGACAAGGUGCGCUGCUUCCACUGCGACGGGGGGCUCAGCCGCUGGGACCCGGCCGACGACCCCUGGGCGGAGCACGCCCGCUGGUUCCCCAACUGCGGCCUGGUGGUGCUGGUCAAGGGCGCGGACUUCGUCAGCUGGUGCCUGGACCGCUACCCGCCCCUCGUGGACCCGGGCCAGGUGGAGGCGGCUAGCUACAGCAUGCGUGAGGUCCUGGAGGCAGAAGUCGACGAGCUGAUGAGGACCAGCGUUGCCCUGGGGGCAGCGGAGGGGGGCGCCAGCGAGGAGCAGCUGCGUGCGGCCAUUCGGCUGAAGCUGCAGUCGACGGGGCUGCCCUUCUCCACGAGCGAGGCCCUCCUGCAAGCGGCGGCCAGCAUGCCCCGGGGCGCGGAGCGCGCCUCUUCCCAGCCGGGCGCUCCUGCCUCCAGUCGCGAAGGAGACCGGACCCCGGCAGAGCCCACGAGCCCAGCGAGCUUGGAGGAGGAGUUCCGCCGGCUGAAGGAGGCGCGGCUCUGCAAGGUGUGCAUGGACCAGGAGGUGUCCGUGGUGUUCCUGCCGUGCGGCCACCUCGUCAGCUGCAACUCCUGCGCGCCCAGCAUGCGCGACUGCCCCAUGUGCCGCCAGCCCAUCCGUGCCACCGUGCGCACCUUCCACGACUGAGCAGCCGUCUUCCCCUCCUCGCUGGAGGUGGCCUGCUCCGCUCUUUUUGGCCGGCAAACUAAUCCGAUUGCCGUACACCUAUUAUUACCAUGUUUUCUCGCAUAAUCGUCACACAUUUUAUUCUAAACUCAAGUUUGAAAAUUAGGGAUGCGACAAUUAUGCAGAAAAAAAUUUUUUUUUGGUAGGUGAAGUUAUUCAUAAAAACCAAAACCCGUUCAUGGUAAGUCCGUUUAUUUAAAAAAAAAAAAAAAAGGUGGAGUAUGCAAGAGCACGCCAAACAAUUUAUAUUAAUAAUUCAUUAACCAAAAACCUUUCUUCAACUUUAAAUGGAAAAACCAAUCUGUAACGCGAGCGUAAGCCACUUGAAUCUGCGACGUGAACCAACGCGUAACUAUUGCCGUAGUAUACAUGAUAAAGAUAACAUUAAAAACGUCUUUAAAAGAAAAGUUACACGUCAGAUAACUUCGUAUUUCCGUUAAUUAAAUAAGUAAGUGGUAAUGCCCGAAUAAAUAUUACAUUUCUACUUUAAAAUACAUCGUUUUAUACGGAAAAGAUACCUACACCGAUACACCGUGGCGACGCAGACGAUCAGAUAAAGAUAAUAACGAUUAAAAACUUCUUUAAAAGAAAAUUUACACGUCAGACAACUUCGUAUUUCGGUUAAUUAAAUAAGUAAGUGGUAAUUUCCGAAUAAAUAUUAGAUUUCUAGUUUAAAAUACAUUGUUUUAUAUGGAAAAUAUACCUACACAAAGUGCUCGGCAUCUAAUAGCGGGACCAAAAACAUCAUGCGACGUUUACGCGAGAAGUUUUUUUUAUCCCAAUUUUGAUUGCCAAAAAUAUAGGUGCGACGAUUAUGCGAGUGCGAGGAUUAUGCCAUAAAAGAGGGUAUUUAAUAUUGCAAUUUUUACAACAAAUUUUUAAGUCAUAUGAGUUCUGUAUAGUGUCUAAUAAAUAAAAUACGUGAUAUGUGAUGAAGUAACGGAAAAUAAGCCUCUUAAAAAGAGUAUUUACAAAAAUAUAAAAACCUAAAAAUUAUUAAAAGAACAUCAUUGGACAGUAAAUAGAUAACAUAAUAGAAAUAAUAAUUCUAAGUAUUUCUGUUAGAAUGCUGUGACUUCUAUAAUUUGUCGGCUGACAAAAAAGAGUAUUUACAAAAAUAUAAAAACCUAAAAAUUAUGAAAAGAUCAUCAUUGGACAGUAAAUAGAUAACAUAAUAGAAAAAUAGAUUUAAGUACGUAUUUAUGUUAGAAUGCUGUGACUUCUAGAUUUUUGUCUGCUGAAAACUGUAUUUGUAUAUACAUGCAUGCAUACAAAGUAUACUUGAUAAAAUUUGUUUGUUGAGGCUGGCCGGGCGAAACGAUGCCACGGGCUGGACACGACCCGCGGGUCUAGUGUACGGAGUUAACGUAAAUACAGGUCAGCCUCAAGGAUGUCAGUUACCAGCAUCGCUGUUGUGCUGUCGUAGGCGGUGCAAGUCUAGCACAGUUGCUUCAUACUGUCACCGAGCACGUAUUUUAUCUAUUGUUCUGUACGCCAGCCAGUUCGUCUUGCCAGCAAGCCACUCUGCAAAACAUUUAAACGUGUGUGUAUUUUCAAAUUUUUCAACUUGAGAGGAAGGUAAAUGUUGACCAUAAUUACGUUUUGUUCAGAAAUGGACCAGUUAAACUCUCAAAUUCUCAAACCCCAUUCAAUUUUCAGUAUUUAUUCAAAAGGUUUUAAUAUUCGAGAAAAAAAUAUUUUAAGCAAAACACAAGAAUAAUGGGAAAUCAAGAGAUUUGAAUAUUGACACCAAUGUUUCACUCUACAAAAACUGUCAAAGAAAUUUCUGUGGUUGCUGCCAGCUAUAGUGCUUGUUUAGCGCUUCUGAAAACAUUUGUGACAAAAAAAUAGAGAAAUUGUUUGGAUCACGAAUGUCUAUAUAACUGUCCACUUUCCUUUCCAACCCAUAUACCUAAAAAUUAUUCCAAAGGUUUAAAAGUUUUUCAAAACUUAGGUUUCUCCUUGUUUUUGCUUUUAUAUUAUUUUACUCAUGGAAUCUAGAAUUAUAUUUUAGGCUUGAUUUGGAAGCACUCUUUAAGAAUCUAAUCAGUGAUGAAUUAGAAAAAAAUGAAAAUGUUGCCUGGUUUUGUUGAAGAAAAAAAUUUUGUACAGUGAUUUCUGUGUCAAUGAAUCAAACAUGUUUAUAAACACAAUAAACACUAAGUGAUUAUAACGUACUUAUUGCACAGAAAUUUCUGUAUCUGUUUGAGAUUGUCUCAGUCAUGUGGAACAUACACAAGACAAAAGAAAAUCAUCAGUAUUUGAAUUGUUAAAUUGCUGUAUCAAUAUAUAAAAAUAAAAUUCCGAAUUUAUUUACUGAUUGGUGCUUCCUUAAAUAUAUCAAAUGUAUUAAUCUAUUUUCACUGAUUUAGUGAUUUUACAUGUAAAUUAAGAAAGAAAUAUGACAUCUCUUGAAAAUGUUUGUGAACUCAUCUAGUUUUAUUUAUAAUAUUAACUCAGAAAAUUUAAAAAUUAAAGAAAAAUAUGUUUUUUAUUUGAAAGUUUAAUUCUUAUUUUAGUUCUUCAUGUCUUGUUUUGAAGUGUGUCAGAAGUUAUGCAAUUUUUAAGUGAAUGUUCACAUCUCAAUUGUCUCGAAUUUGAAUCACAAAGACUACUUUAAAUCUCCUCGAAUUUGAUUAUAGGUCUUAAAGGUAAAAAAUAUAAUAAUGUACAUGAAAUAAAAACAAAAUAUUCAGCCCUUUUAAAUGUUCAGUUCACAAACUGUUUGCAAAAACAAUGCAUAUCAUAAUUUAAUGGUACAUUGUUAUGUAUUAAACAUACGGUACCUUAGGGAAUGGUUGUAGUAUUAAGAAAAAAAAUACAAUUUAGGUGUUUUCAGUUUUUUCUCCAAAAUUAUAUUUUGAAUUCUUUUCCUCAAAUCUCAAAUUUUCCAAAUACCAGAGAUUUGAGAAUUUGACCGGCCCAUCCCUAAAUUUGUAUAUAAUUUCAAAAUUUUGGAUGCCAUUGUGUAAUUCUUAAAUUCAAUUUACGUAAGUGAGGUACAUGUAUGUGUUUGGAGCCUUAUUUCAAUGGUGUGGUCAAGUUAAAUACCUAUUAUGGUAUGUGAAAUUGUGCUGUAGCUUGCAAGUUAAGUACGUAUGUGAAAUUGUGCUUUAGCUUGGACCAACAUCUUAGUAAUGCUAAUUUGAUGGACUGUUAGUACUGUAUGUUACCUGAUUGAAACCAAAGCAAUGAAAUGGGACAUCUGUGCGCUGAGAAAAAUGCCUUAGUGAUUUGCUUAGCUAAGUGCUGUUACAAUGCUGUUAUAACUACUCAUCCCUGAACUGGACUGUAAAUAUAAAUAUGUACUUAUUUUUGAUAGUGUUUUUAGGGAAUCUGCUGUGAGUUUUUGCCGCUGGUGUUGUAAAGUGGUCAAGUGGACACUUUUUUUAAUUCUAGUCUUUCAUGUGCCAUGAUGUGAGAAAGUUGUGUGGUUAGCAGAUUUUCUACGAGCAGGCUACUUACCGGUAAACAUGUCUGAAUCAUGCUUCCCUAUAGUGAUGUAGCAAGGGUUAUUUGCCAGUUAUUAGGUAACAUCUGUUUGAGAUUAUUAUUACCUACUUGUUCAGUUUGUAGCUUAUAUUAGGUAAUUAGUCUAAAAUAAAGCAAAAAUGAUUUUAUUUAAAAAAUAAACUAAUUUUUUUAAACAAAUUUAAGAAUAUUUGUGCUUUCAUAUCCACAGUGAGUAUCUGAUUGAGUAUAAUCUAGAUGUAAGGUUAAGUACAGCAUAGAACACAUGACCAAAGAAAUGUUAGUUUGAGAAGCAAAAAAUUUUUUUUUCUCAUUCAGUAAAAUGAAUGUUACCGCAAAACCACGUGAAGUUGAUUGAUAUAGGAACCUAACAAGUAACUCCUGGUUUACAGAACAUUAAAUAAGCAAACCACUUUUUAACUGACAGGCUUAUUGGAGUGACUUACUUGCCGUAGUGCCUGUUGGGACAUAGGGCACUCUUUGAAGUACCAUUGGAAUAAAAAAAAAUAUUUUGAAGUAUCAAUGGAAUAAAAAAAAAUAUUUUCACAUUUUCAUAAAUAUGCCAUAAUUAGUUUUUUGUGCCCAAUUAUAAUCUGGGGGGGGGGGGGGGGGGGUGAAAAAAAGGAGUCCAAUAAUUUUUAUGGUUUGGCACAUUCUGCAGUUUGGCACCUGUUAAGCCAAUCCCACUCAGAUUUUUUUUUGGGUGGAAUCCAGCUGUUGAUCUCGGCCGCCAGAUUGCAUUACUGCACCGCCAACAUUUUUAUUUCGCUCAGAGUUAACAAUUUUUUUAUCCUUUUUUUAAAAAAAUUCAAUACCAGUGUUUCCUGAUUUCCGGCAGGUUACGUUUUCAUAUUUGAUAAUCCCAUUGAAAUUAUAUUGACAUUUGAUAAUUCGGGAAAAUGGCUAAUACGACAGGGCCAUGGUCCCAGGUGUGCCAGACUAUAGAUCUUUCACUGUACUGUGAGUAUGAAAUAAUGAUACAACAAUUUUUGGUAUUUUGCAUGGAUUUGAGUGUUUGAAAUUGUGAUAGUUUUAUGUCUGACCAUUAUUAAAAUGUAUUUGAAUUCAUUACUCAAUUAUUGAUAUUAUUUCUUUAAAAAAAUUAUUUUUUGCUUCAAUAUUAAUUUUCCUGUUUACUAUAAGAAACAGCACUAAUAGUUUGCUAUGUAUGGGGUAUUAUGCAUUGUUUUGUGGAGCAUAUUUAAACUAUUUGUAAUAAAAUAAUUUAUGUACACAUGGUUACUACUCCGUAUAUUGUGUUCCCAGUAAUCAUGCUACAGUUUACUUUGUGUCUUGAGCAAAUAAUACUAAAA